AUGCUCAGUACCAUUUUCGUCUCGCUAGAGCGCGUGGUAGUGACGACCAAGCCGCUGCCGCCUCCUCAGCCGCCUCCACCGGUUGCCGCGCCCCAGCCGCAGCAAUCACCUGCGCCGCGGCCUCAGUCUCCGGCCUGCUUAAAAGAAGAAGAAAACUACUCCUUUUUACCUUUGGUUCACAACAUUAUCAAAUGCAUGGACAAAGACAGCCCUGAUGUCCACCAGGACCUGAACGCCCUCAAAAUUAAGUUCCAGGAGAUGCGCAAGCUCAUCAGCACCAUGCCUGGUAUCCAGCUGAGCCCAGAGCAGCAGCAGCAGCAACUGUACAGCCUGCGGGAGCAAGUCAGGACUAAGAAUGAACUUCUGCAGAAGUACAAGAGCCUCUGCAUGUUUGAGAUCCCCAAGGAGUAGAGAGGAGGAGGCGAGUGGCUCUGCCAUCUCCUCAUCACUCCUUGGCACUAUUUCUUGAACCCCAGCUUUGAACUGCAACCAAGUGGGGCAGUGUAGUGCCUCAUUAGCUGAACUUGGUCUUUACUAUGUGGGCAUCAGCUCCCAGCUCAUAUAUGUACAUGUGUCUUGUGCAUCCUGAUUUUGAGUUCCUGUUGCUGCAAGAAUGUUCCUGAGGCGGGGAGGGGGAGGACUCCACCGUUUCUCUGGGGAGGGGCCAUCUGCUGUGCCUGGGCCCAGCAGCAGCUCUGAAGAGCACAGUAGGAAAGGAGGCAGCUCCUGCCUGUCUCCUGCCCUUGGCUCCUCCCACCUCCGAUAGCAUCAGGGUGUACCAGGUACAUAUUGUUCCCAUUACCAGCAGUUUCAUGAAACAUUUGCAUAGAAUUCACUAGGUAAAUUAGGUCUGCACUCAUAUGGCAUGAAUUUACAGAAUUAAAGAAGGCUGUGAGAAAUGAACACCGUUUUGAAAGGCCAGAGGGUGGGUGGCUUUUUCCUGUGAAACAGUUUGGUUCUGUUUGUAUUUGAGCCAGUGAACAACUGUGUCUGUGGGGUAUCAGCCCAGAUCCCUGGCAGGUGGCCACUGACUUCAGGCUCCCUCCUACACUAUGUCCUUACAACCAGCUCCUGCUUCCUUUGUCUCCUGCAAUCACAGGGCCCAAGAAUAGCUUCCAUCCCACAAUGCAGUGCUUUUCAGGGAUGAAGAGGGCCCCCAUUCCCAUGCAGGUCCACUUGGGUUGUAGGUAUGUGCAUCUUCCCUCCAAUCCCCAUUACUCUGGCUUAGAACAUUAUUUCCUCUCUGGCCUCCUCACCCAAGAGCCAUUGCACUUGCUGCCCUGCAAAGGAUUUCCAGUGUGCUUUUUCUCAGAGAAUCAUGGCUCUAGUGACGGUUGGGUCUUCCAUCAGCCAGGUGUCCGGGACAGCUCUGGGUCAGUGCUGAUGGGAUGGUGUGAACUUAACCUGCAAGCUACAUGGCCACCAUCUCAUUCUUAGGCAUUUACAUCCUCACUGUCUCCCAGCUCCUCUGGUUGCUUCCAAAUGGUGUUUGUAUCAUUGCCCAUGACUGUCAUACUGAGGUGAGAUCAGUGCCUUCCCCUCUUCCCAAGGACAAUGGAGAAGUGACUGAGCAUUGUUUAGUUCUAGAAACGGGCUCACAGCCUGUGCCACCCAGUAGAGGGGCUUAGCAGCAACCUGCCAAUGGCCUUGGUAGUGGUGCUGGUUGGGGUGUCCAGUGGCAUCAGCCUGUAGCCACCUGUCAGAAGAUGGCUGGCAUGUGGGAAGGGAGGAUAUCAGCUUUCAGUGGUCAGAAAAGUAGGCUCUGAGUUGAAGUGGAUAAUCACUUGUUAGACCAGCUCUACCUUCAGAUUGUUACUUAACUGAAUCAGUUAUUUUUUUGGAAAUUUACAGUAGUGGUUGGGCCUGUUUUAAGGCUUUGACCAAAUGCCAUAAAAACAUGAAGCAUAAGAAAAUUUUAGACAAUGGGUGUGGUGGUACACACCUGUAAUCCUACUUGGGAGGCUGACGCAGGAGGAUCACCAUGAAUUCA